AUGUUAUUGUCAAGACGUAUACCUGCGUUAUGUGGUCGUCGAGCCAUUUGGAACUCUACUAGUAAAGGAAAUAAUGCCGAUAUAAUGUCUACGGUUAGACAUCUGUCGAGAUCAGCAGUGAACCUUGAAUCUAAAGGUAUGAAGCUUAGUGAGAGUGAGUUGCAAGGCUAUAAAACUUAUUAUAAGGAAUUGCAAGAAACAAUAAAUAAUGUUCCAGAAGAAAUUGCAUUACAAUCACAACCUUUGAUUACCUUGCAUAAUAGAUUAGAAUUACCAGCAAGUUUUAAAUUAUCGAUAUUGUCUAGGUGUCUGACUUGUAGAUCUUCUAAAUUACCUACUUUUGCAUUGGAUAAAGAUAAAAAUAAUACCCAUUUACAAGCAUUUCCAAAUACUGUAGAGAGUAAUGAUUUAUUUGAUAAUCAUGGUCUUAAUAUCUUUGGCAAAAAUAUCCUUGGGUUCCAUAUAACGAAAUAUUUAUUGAAAAAAUAUCCAAGAUUACCUACCGUGGUAUUGAAUGCAGCCAUCGAUUCAUAUAUCUCUCAAGAUAUGUUGGCUAAUAUUGCAAGAUCAUGGGGUAUCGAAAAGGAGGAUACUGCUAUUGUCGAAAGAUACUUAUUAAAUGAACCAAUAUCUCUAACCCUUGGUAAAUUAAGAUAUUUUAAUAAUACAUUAGGUAAGAUCGAUGGUAUUGAGAGAUUAAAUAAAGGGAAUUUUUCUGAAAAUGCAGCUUUAGCUCUUACUGUUAGAAGUAUAAUAGCUGUGUUAUGGACAAUUAAACCAGAAUUGGCAGAAAAAUUUAUAAAUAAACAUAUUACAUCAAGAAAGUUGGAUGUCUCUAAAUUGUUCUUAUUUGAACAACCAGCUAGAGAAUUAUCAAAGCUUUGUGAAAGAGAAGGUCUUGAAAAACCUGUUUCAAGAUUAACAGCGGAAUCAGGUAGACUUUCAAAGGCUCCUGUAUUUAUCGUAGGUGUCUUUUCAGGGGAAGAAAAACUAGGUGAAGGGUUUGGCUCUUCUUUGAAGGAAGCUAAGGCUAGAGCCGCUACAGAUGCAUUGUUGAAAUGGUAUUGUUACGAACCUGUCUUGCACGAGGGUCAAGCGCCGAUCAUUGACCAUGGUACUGUUAUUGUUUAA